AUUAAAUUUUAACUGAUACUCCGAAGAGAGACCAUUUUUAGAUAGCUCUUGGAUCUGUCCUUUUUCUUUUCUUUUCUUUUCAUCAUCUCAGUUAAAACUCUUCAUUCGGUACCUUAAAUCUGCGUGCGCAUAUGUAUGAUUAUGUUAAGAGAGAAAAUCGUGUCUAGUUCUCUUAGAGGUUAUCUAUCGUGAGAUUAAGAUAUUUUCAUUUUUAUAUCGACUAAAAGUAUGUUUACGGUAUAAAAAUUAUCAAAUCAUGAAGUCAUUAGGAAUAACUCGAUUUUUACCAAUAAGAUUACAAGUGUCAGGAAACAGAAUUUUACAAAGGCAUUACACAAAUGGUGUACUUAAAAAUCUUUAUAUUAGUACGCCAAUAUUUUAUGUUAACGCAGCUCCACAUAUUGGACAUUUGUAUAGUGCAGCAUUAGCCGACUGUAUAGCAAGGUACAGAUCUAUGUUAGGUCAUUCCACGUUUUUAAGCACUGGUACAGAUGAGCAUGGUAAUAAAGUAGAAACUGCUGCGAAUGUAGCUAAGAUUCCAGUAUCAGAUUAUUGCACACAAAUUUCAAAACAAUUCAAGGAAAUGUGUGAUAAGUUUUCUGUGAAUUAUUCUGCAUUUAUUCGUACCACAGAACAAUGCCAUUUCGAAGCAGUGCAUCAUUUUUGGAAUGUUUUGGAUACAAGAGGAUAUAUUUAUUUAGGAAAAUAUUCAGGAUGGUAUUGUACAUCAGAUGAAGCAUUUCUUACAGAUAUAGAAUUAGAUGAAAUAACAGAUGCAUCUGGUAAAACAAUUAAAGUCUCUAAAGAAUCUGGUCAUCCUGUAGAGUGGACAGAAGAAGACAAUUACAAAUUCAGAUUAAGUGCUCUUCAAGAUGAAUUGAAAUAUUGGAUAAAAAGGGAAACUACAAUACGACCAGCGAAAUAUCAUAAAAUUUUAAGUAAAUGGAUAGAAGAAGAUAUAGACUUGCAUGACUUAAGUGUAUCAAGACCUACAAGUAGAGUUCCUUGGAGCAUUCCAACGCCUCAAAACAAAAAUCAAUCUGUAUAUGUUUGGUUAGAAGCAUUAGUAAAUUAUUUAACUGUAUUGGGUUAUCCAAAUGAUACAUACAAGCAAUUUUGGCCACCAAGUUUGCAGAUUAUUGGUAAAGAUAUAUUAAAAUUUCAUGGCAUAUACUGGCCAGCAUUUUUAAUAGCUGCAGGACUUGAACCUCCUCAAACAUUACUCUGUCAUGGACAUUGGACAGUUGACGAUAGAAAAAUGUCUAAAUCAAAGGGUAAUGUUAUUUCACCUUUUGAAGCAGCUACUAAUUUUACUGAAGAAGGUUUAAGAUACUUUAUCUUAAGAGAAGCUGUGCCUUAUAGCGAUGCAAAUUAUAGUGAUAAUAAAAUCCUAAGAACAAUAAAUGCCGAACUUGCUGAUACAUUAGGUAAUUUGAUUAGUCGAUGCACAGGAAAAAUUAUUAAUCCAUGGGGUGAAGUUCCUAAUCCAAUAGAGUUUGCCGAUGUUUUAAAAUCAGAUAUAGCUAUACAAACUAUAAAGAUCACAGAAUGUUUAGGUGAUAAUGCACAAUCCCAUUACGAAGAUUAUAACCUACAUAAUGUAGUAGAUGUAACCAUGGCUGCAUUACGCAUGGUAAAUCAAAUGAUAGAACAUCAUAAGCCAUGGUUAUUAAGCAAAAAAAUAGAUAAUCAAGAUUCUCUUAUGGAGCUCAAGGCUGUUAUUUCUGUUGCAUUAGAAAGCGUAAGAAUAUCCACCUUGAUAUUAUAUCCUAUCAUUCCAAGAUUAGCUAAUAAUAUUCUUGAUUUUUUGGUAAUACCAAAUGAAAAACGCACUUGGUACGACACAGCCUCUCAAUAUCGGAAGAAAAGUUUACCAAACGAAAGGAAUUUCGAUCGGAAUGCGAUGGGACGUUAAUUGAAAAAAUGUCAUGGCUUGUAUGUGGAACAGUAUUUCACUUUUAUAUUACAGUAAUGAUCGAAAGACAAUUUGAUCAAUAUUAUCUAAUUAUAACGAUACGACGGGAUAUAAAAUCUUGUCUAGAGAAAAUAUUACUUGGCAUUUUAUGAGAGAUGCGAUGA